AUGUGGUGCACCCGCUGGUUCGUGCCGCUGCUCCUGCUGCCCCUCCCCUCCGCACCGCCUUAUUUUCUCCUCGUAUUUCUCACCUCUCUCGUCGUCCACGCACGACCAUGUUUCUACUGCAUCCUCCUGCUCUCCGCGCUCUUCGUCUCGUCCUGCCACUGGUCGCCCGUCGCACUCGAUGAGCCGCUCUCACGCACGCUCAUCGCCGAGAACGCGAAUGCGAGCACGUUCGGCGACGCGCUCGCACUCAGUCUCGACGCCAUGCACGUCUCGGUCCCCCAAACGGAGCUGCCGGCCAUCAUCCGCCUCCACGAUCGCUGCUGGUGCGACCCUGCGCUCACAACGCUUUUCGAGCCAUUCGACAUCCUCAGCUGGGAGCUAUAUAGCGUCGCCCGCGCCGCCCUCGACGUUCGCAAGCACCUCGAGUCGCACGAGAACCCGGCAGCCGCCGCCAACGCCUCGGAGGUCGCACGGACGCACGAGUCUGGUCUCAACCGCAAGCGCGGAUUUCUGUCCCUCUUCGCUCCGUUCACCCAUCGGCGCCGACGAGCCGACGUUCCCCAGCACCCGGAGCAGAGUGAUGUCCAACAGGCUGAAGCAGCGGGUACCCUGGACUCGCGGAGGUACAGUGUGGAGCCGCAUCCUUGGGAGCUGGACAUGAGACCAUACGGGUAUCCACUCAUACUCGACUUGACUUGGUGGAGACGUCGACAACGCGUCACGCCUGUGGAUCAAGUCCACCGCGAGGUUGUGCAAGCUCCCCACGUUUAA